CAAAGCAAAAAAAAUUGAAAUAAAUACAUAGGAAAGCUAUUGAAUAGGGUAAGUGGGUAUGCUUUUGCCUCAUUAGGGAUUCUGGCCAUUUAUGGGGUCCUUCUGGCUCUGGUAAAAUCAACCUUGCUUGAUGCUUUGGCUGGGAGGCUAUCACCCAAUGUAAUAAUGUCUGGAAAUGUUUUGUUGAAUGGAAAGCAAAGAAGCAUAGGCUGCAAAAGUAUUUCUUAUGUCACUCAAGAAGAUUUUUUCUUGGGAAGUCUAACAGUAAGAGAAACUGUAACUUACUCAGCUCAUUUAAGGCUUCCUACAACAAUGAGUAAAAAUGAGAUGAAUGAAGUAGUAGAAAACACAAUAAUAAAGAUGGGAUUACAAGAAUGUGCUGAAAAUAAGAUUGGAAAUUGGCUUCUGAGAGGAAUUAGCGGGGGCGAAAAAAGGCGAUUAAGCAUUAGUCUUGAAAUAUUAACACAGCCUCAUGUCAUGUUUCUUGAUGAACCCACUUCAGGUCUUGACAGUGCUUCUGCUUUUUUUGUCAUUCAAGUUCUGAGAAAUAUUGCUCUUGAAGGAAGAUUAGUUGUUUGUUCUAUUCACCAACCAAGUAGUUAUAUCUUUGACUUGUUUGACGACUUGUGUCUUCUCUCAAGUGGAGAAACUAUCUAUUUUGGAGAGGCAAAGACAGCCAUUAAGUUCUUUGCUGAAGCUGGAUUUCCUUGUCCGACAAGAACAAACCCUUCCGAUCAUUUUCUCCGGUGUAUCAAUUCAGAUUUUGACAAGAUAGUUUCGAUUCGAUUACGAUCAAAAAAUGACCAUGAACCCUCCCAAUCUUCAAAUUCUCAAAUCAAUUUGAGCACACAGGACAUCAAAGAAAUGCUUACAGAAAAGUACAUGAAGUCUGAAUAUUCAAUAAAUACAAGAAAAAGGAUUCGAGAGAUUACUCUUGUUAAUGAAGAGCUUGCAAGUGAUUUAAAGAUGACAAGAAGCAGUUGGUGGAAAAGGCUGUGGAUAUUGACAAAACGUUCCUUUGUGAACAUGACAAGAGAUGUCGCUUAUUUCUGGAUAAGGAUACUAUUUUGCAUUCUCGUUUCACUUGGAGCUGGAAUUAUGUUCUUUGAUAUUGGAUUAUCAGCACCAGCAAUCUUAGCAAGAGUUAAAUGCUAUGCUUUCUUUUAUGGCUUAUUGCUUUGCUUGUGCGUUGGAGGCUUACCCUCUGUUGCUGAAGAAUGGAAGGUAGUAUACUACGAAAGAUUCAAUGGUCACUAUGGAGAGGGUGAAUUUGUGUUUGCAAACUUGGUUUCAUCAUUCCCUUUCUUGGCGAUCAUGGCUUUAUCCAGUGGAACAAUAAUUCAUUACAUGAUGAAAUUUCAUAUGGGAUUUUCCAUCCUCUGGCAUUUCUGUAUCAAUCUCUUUUGUUGCCUUUCUAUUAUGGAAUGUGUCACAAUGAUUGUUGCUUUACUUCUGCCUAACUUCUUGAUGGGCAUGGGAGUUUCUUCUGCUAUAAUUAUGUUGUUAAUAAUGGCAUCUGGACUCUACAGGCCAAUACCUAAUCUUCCCAGCUUCUUCUGGCGAUAUCCAACGUCUUAUAUUAGUUUCACCUCAUGGGCUGUGCAGGGUCAAUUAAAGAACGACAUGAUUGGACUCGAGUUCGAACCAUUAGUGCCUGGAGAUCCAAAGGUAAAGGGUGAGAAAGUUCUUAAGGCAGAUUUAGGUGUCAAUUUGAAGUAUACGAAGUGGUGGGAUUUGGCUGCUCUAUUGCUCUUGUUGUUGUGUCAUAGAGUUGUCUUCUUUCUAGUACUUAAAUACAAGGAAAGAGCAGUACUGAAAUUGCAAAGGCUCUGCAUAAAAACACCUUCAAAUUCUUUUAGAAGGGACAAACAUGGCUCUUUUAGGAGGCAACAACCUUUGCAUGCAUUGUCUUCUCAAGAAGGUCUUGCAUCACCAUUGCCUAAUUAAUUAAUAUUUUUGUAUGUUUUUUUUUUUUUUUUUUUUUUUUUGUUUUUUUUUUUUUUUUUUUUUUGUACAUUUUUUUUUUUUUUUUUUUUUUGUACAAGAUAUUAUAAUUGUUACAUAUAUAUGUUUAUCAUUUAGUUAUUAUGUAAAGGAAAAUGUGAGUGAGUACUACCAUCUAAAAUAUUAUACGUGCUUGGAGCACUUUACUCUUUAA